AUGGCGUCUUUGCUGGACAACAUAGCCAGACCUUCUGUUGUCAUCCUGCAGCUCUGUGUGGUGCUUGGUGUCAUCUUUGUGCUGCUGAAGGUGGCCCAGUUCUACCAGAAGAGGAAGAAACUUGUCAAAGCUCUGGAGGCGUUCCCUGGUCCCCCGAAACACUGGCUUUAUGGCCACAAUCAUCUGAUAACUACAGAUAAAAUAUUAAAUCAGAUGGUGUCAUGGGGAGAAGAAUACCCCUAUGCCUUUCCCAGAUGGUUUGGACCAGCCCUGCCUUCUCUAGUAAUCCACCAUCCUGAAUAUGCCAAAAGCAUACUUGGCCGAACAGAUCCCAAGUCCAAAGUACCCUACAAAUUCAUAGUUCCCUGGAUUGGGCAGGGGUUGUUGACCUUGGACGGAACCAAAUGGUUCCAGCAUCGGAAGCUGCUCACCCCAGCUUUUCAUUACGAUGUGCUGAAAUCUUAUGUGGCCCUGAUGUCAGACUCGGUCAAAGUGAUGCUGGAUAAAUGGGAAAAGAAGAACACAGAGAGGAAGUCAGUGGAGCUCUUUCAAGAUGUCAGCUUGAUGACGCUAGACAGCAUCAUGAAAUGUGCCUUCAGUUAUAAUACCAACUGUCAGACUCAGAGCAACUCAGACUAUUAUAUCAGAGCUGUUUAUGACCUGAGCUACCUCGUGAGCAAGAGAGUCCAGACUUUUUCUUACAAGGAUGUCUUCUAUGACUUGACUCGCAAAGGCCGUGACUUUCGUGAUGCCUGCAAGCUGGCCCAUACCCACACAGAGAAGGUAAUAAAAGAAAGAAAGAUGUUGCUUUCCAGUGAGAAGGAGCUUGACAAGAUCCAGAAGAAGAAACACCUGGAUUUUCUGGACAUUCUUCUUUGUACCAAGGAUGCAAAUGGAGUUGGGCUAUCCGAUGAGGACCUGCGUGCUGAGGUGGACACGUUCAUGUUUGCGGGUCACGAUACCACAGCCAGCGGGAUCUCAUGGCUCUUGUACUGCCUGUCAUUAUAUCCAAAGUACCAGCAACAGUGCAGGGAGGAGAUCCAGGGGAUCUUGGGAGACCGAGAUACCAUUGAGUGGGACGACCUUGGGAAGAUGACUUACACCACAAUGUGCAUCAAAGAGAGUUUGCGCCUGUUCCCACCAGUUCCUUCCGUGUCCCGAUACCUCUCUAAAUCUGUCACAUUUUCUGAUGGACGCAGCUUGCCAGCAGGCUGCCAGGUCGGACUGAAUAUAUUUGCUAUUCACAGGAAUCGGGAUGUGUGGGAAGACCCUGAGUUGUAUGAUCCCCUGAGGUUUUCUCCGGAGAACUCAGCACAGAGGCACUCCCACGCUUUCCUGCCUUUCUCUGCUGGAUCCAGGAACUGCAUCGGGCAACAGUUUGCCAUGAACGAGAUGAAGGUGGCUCUUGCCCUGACUCUGCUCCGCUUCGAGCUCUGCCCCGACCCAUCCAAGCCUCCCACACUGAUACCGCAGAUCAUCCUCAGGUCCAGUAACGGGAUCCACCUGCAUUUGAAGAAGAUUCACUGA